UGCAUGUGAAGAGUUAGAGAGGUGUUUGCAAUUGAAAAAGGUUUCAUCUCACUAACCAUAGCAUUUAGGAUUUGUGAGCACAGAUGGCUUCCACUUUAAAUCGAAUUCUAUUUUCUAGCCCUUGAAAUUGGGUAGCGCAUGGAAAUGACAAAGAUGGUGUUGGAACAAUUCGCUUCAAUCACUCGUCAACAGGCAGAAGAAUGGAUUAGGCUGAUUGCAGGUGCUGGCCACGAAGUUGAAAGGCUUCAAAGCAACUUACUGUCCAUUCAAGCUGUGCUUGAUGAUGCUGAGAACAGACAGGUUAAGGAAAACGCCGUGAGUGUUUGGUUAGCCAAACUUAAAGACGUGUCUUAUGACAUUGACGAUGUGCUGGAUGAGUGGAACACGAAGCUUCAGAAAUUGAAAAUUAAGAAAGCUGAAGCUGCAUUUAAUCCACUGAAAAAGGUAUGUUCCUUCAUUCUUCACUAUCUCGGUUGUAGGCCAUUGGUUAUGCUAUACGACAUUGGUGUCAAGAUAAAAGAUCUUGAUAGAAAACUUGAUAUUAUUGCUAAGGAAAAAGAGACGUUCAACUUUAGAUCAAUGACGAAUGGUAACAAAGAAAUAGAGCGACCAACGACAAUCUCUGUUGUUGACUUAACACAUGUUUAUGGAAGAGAAGAUGAUAAGAAUAUAAUUGUGGAUUUAUUACUGAAUCAGAGUAGUUGUACGCAAGACCUCUGCAUCAUCUCUAUAGUAGGGAUGGGGGGAAUUGGUAAAACAACUCUUGCCAAAGUAGCUUUUAACGAUGAUAAGGUGAGCACUCAUUUUGAGAUUAAAAUAUGGGUAUGCGUUUCUGAGCCUUUUGAUGAGCUUAGGAUUGCCAAAGCAAUUCUUGAAUCUCUUACAAAUAAUGCACCAAACUUACAUGAGUUAGAAACUGUGGUGCAAAACAUACGUCAAGUUUUAGACAAAAAGAAGUUUCUUCUUAUCUUAGACGAUGUAUGGACUGAAAAUCCAAAAAAUUGGGAAAAUUUGAAAUCUUCUCUUACAUGUGGUUCUCCAGAAAGUAGAAUUGUGGUGACCACACGAAAAGAGGAAGUUGCAAAUGUCAUAGGAACUACCAAAAUUAUCUCACUAGGGACACUUCUUGAGGAUAAGUGUUGGUUAUUGUUUAGUGGAAUUGCUUUUUUUGGAAAAACCAUUGAAGAAUCUAAUGAAUUGGUGGAAAUUGGUAGGAAAAUUGUCCAAAAGUGUAAGGGUUUGCCACUUGCUGUAAAAACUUUAGCUAGUCUUUUGCGUUAUAAAAGAACUGUUGAUGAAUGGGAAAAUAUCUUACAAAGUGAAAUUUGGGAAAUAAAAGAGGUAAAACAAGAGGUUUUUCGACCUCUACUAUUAAGUUAUUAUGAUUUACCUUGUACUUUGAAAAAAUGUUUCUUAUAUUGUGCCAUUUUUCCAAAGGAUUAUGAAAUAGAUAUAGAAAAAUUGAUUUGGUUAUGGAUGGCCCAUGGUUAUGUGAAGUCAAUGUCAAAUAGGGAUAUGAAGUUAGUCGGUGAUGAGUAUUUUGAAACCUUAGCAAUGCGUUCUUUCUUUCAAGAUUUUGAAGAAGAACCUACUGAAAUUAGAAUAAGGUCUUGCAAAAUGCAUGAUAUGGUACAUGAUUUUGCUCAAUUUCUUACCCAAAAUGAAUGUUAUGCAAUGGAGGUUGCUGGAGUUGGGGAGCUAGAAUUGGACUCUACUUAUGAUAGAGUCAGACAUUCACUGAUAAUGAUUCAAGAAGAGGCCUCCUUUCCUAGCUCCAUAUAUACUAGAAAUACUUUUCUACGUAGCCUUGUGGUUGAUUGUAAUUACAAUACUAACCCUAAGAUAGUUUUGUCCAAAUUAAUUGAUCAGUUGGCAUAUUUAAGGUCACUCUCUUUGAACAAUUGCUCCAUUGAAGAAAUUCCUGUAGAAAUAAAAGGAUUAAUACACUUAAGGUAUCUUGAUUUGUCACAAAACCAUAAAAUAAAAAAAUUGCCCGAAACAUUGUGUGAGCUGCACAAUCUACAGACGUUAGACAUUAGUGGGUGUAUAGCUCUCAGAAACCUACCUCGAGGGAUGGGAAAUUUAAUUAACAUGAGACAUUUGUUGAAUAGGGCAACUAUUAGUAUAAGUUACAUGCCACAAGGUUUAGAACGAUUGACUGGUCUACGAACAUUACGACUAUUUGUCAUGAGUGAUGGCAGUUAUGGUAGUAAAGCAUGUUCCAUUGAAUGUCUUAGAAACUUCAAAGGCCUUCAAUGUCUUAGUAUAAGAGGCUUUGGAAAGUUGACAGAUGCAGCUAAGGUCAAGGGAAUAGAGUUAAUCAAUAAGAAAAACCUGCGUGAUUUGGGUGUAAACUUUCAGGGGAGUAAAAAUGAGGGGCAAGAUUAUGAAGAACUUCUUGAAGCAUUGCAACCACCCCCAAAUUUAAUGACGCUAUUUCUGGUAAAUUAUAAAGGCAACACCAUGUUCCCUAAUUGGAUGGUGUCAUUAAACAAAUUGAGAAAGUUAAGUUUGUUGAAUUGUGUAAACUGUGAGCAUUUGCCUCCUUUGGGUAAGUUAUCAUCCCUUGAAAUUCUUAUCAUAUGGGGAAUGAAGAGAGUGAAAAGAGUGGGUAAUGAGUUUUUGGGAAUAGAGAAUGAUACCAAAUCAGCAUCUUCAUCAGUAAUUGCUUUUCCAAACUUAAAAUAUCUAUGGUUUUAUUAUAUGGAAGACUGGGAAGAGUGGAAUUACGAUAUUACGAAGAGAGGAGACGGAGAUAUUACAGUCAUGCUAUCUCUUAAGACCUUGGAAAUUUCAGGCUGCCUCAAAUUGAGAUCACUGCCUAGCCAUCUUCGUCAGAUGUCAACGUUGAAGAAGGAAUUUUAUAAUUGUCCUCUUCUCGACGAACAGAGAACCGAUAACUCAUCAUCAUCUUCAGCAAGCCAUCAACUGCAACAAUGA